AUGGCAAAGUACCUCCCUCCUGAACUCAUCAUCAACAUCCUUUCAAUGCUACCAUCAAAAUCACUUCUUCGUUUUCGAUUAGUGUGCAAAUCAUGGCAUUCUCUCAUCACUUCCCCCGAAUUCAGCCAAACUCAUCUUCACAAUUUCAACAAAUUAAACUCUCGCAAUCUUGUUCGAUGUUGUCUAUGGACAGAAAAGAAGGAAGUAUACACUAUCCAUCACAAUGACCAACAGCUCACUCUCGAUGCCCCCAUUGAUUUCCCCUUCAAUCUUCUCCGUGAUGAAUAUGGAACCAUAUUUUUUACACUAAUCGCAUGUUGCAAAGGUGUUGUUUGCAUCUACAAUGAAAGAUCACCAAAAAAUGAAAUCCUACUAUGGAAUCCAUCCAUUAGGAAGAAAAUUACCCUAACUCCUCCUUCAUACAUGCCAGAACUUACUCUCGUUUUCGGGUUUGGGUAUUGUGAGAAUUCUGAUGAUUAUAAGGUAGUUAGACUCGCAUAUGAUCGUAGUAACUUGAUCGAUAGACCUGAGGUUGAGAUUUACACUGUGAAAACCGCGAUUUGGAAACCGAUCGUGUUCCCUCAAGAUUUUCCUUGCUACCAUAUCCUUAGCGACUGCUCACAAGUGUUUUUCAAUGGAUAUGUUCAUUGGUUAGCAGCCGAUUUGGGAGUUUCACAUUGCUCAAUACUAACAAUGGACAUGAGUAAAAACGUUUUUGGAGAAAUCCAAUUGCCUGAGUAUUUGGUGCAUUAUUCUUCAAUGGGAGUAACACUAACGGUUGUUGGAGAUUCUUUGGGGGUGAUUUAUUCAAACCGUUGUACAGUUGUGGGUUCAAGCACUUACAAGAUAUGGAUUAUGAACGAGUACAAGAAACCGACUUCAUGGACAUUGAUAUAUGAUGUGCAUUAUCCGGAUACGGAUUUAGGGAGACCUUUGAGAUUGAGACAUAAUGGGGAUUUGAUAACUGAAUCACGUAGAUGCAAUUUAACAAUCUAUAAUCGUGAGGCAGGGUGUUAUACUGUUGAUGGGUGUUGUAGCAAAGGUGUUGUAUUAUGGUCGUUUUCUAUUGAUAGAUAUGAAGAGAGCUUAGCAUUGUUGGAUGUUGAAAGUGAUGGUAACAAUGAAGAGUGA